CGAGACGCUUAUAACGUGUCAAGUGAGCACAUUAUUCAUUGUGACAACAAGGAGUUUGAAGGCCAUGGACGUCCUCGUAGCUGAAGAUGACGCUCUCGUAUCGCUCGAAGAAGCGCUGGCCUUUAUCGACGGCUAUGAUAUUAACGAGCAGAGCCUAACGGAGACGUUGGUGCACUGCUCUCCGGUCGAUUUGUUCAGUCAGAUCACCCCAUCGGAGCUUCCCCCUCCCAAAACUCCAGUCACAACAAGGAAACACGCGAAGCCUCAGCGGAAGCUGUCGGAGUCUUCUUCGAGUCAAGAAGAUAAUCCAAACAAGAGGCGACGAGCCAGAAGCGCCGCGAGUUCUUCUACCAGACUGCAGCAAAAAAAACGUGCCGAGAUUCAGGCGCUUCGAGAAGAGGCUCAAGAACUCGAGACGCAAGUGGAACUGCUCAAGAAGAACAAAUUCCUACCUGGAGAUAUGGUACUAGAGCUCGAUGACUCGGUGUUCGAAGUGAGUCAAGAGAAACAACCCUCGAACUGGCACGAAAUGGCCAUCGCGCAGUACCGUGAACGCCUCGUGUCAGAGAAGACAAACCGCAGACUCAAGUCCAUUCUAGCCAACCAGGAGAAGGUCAAUAGCGCACUCAGUGGACUCCUACAGAAGCGCUCGGUACUCAGCGGUAUGGACUACGUGUUUACCGCUCAGUCUGGCGUGGACUCUGCGCUUCUGACUGGAGAAGAUUCCAGCGAUGCCCAGCCAUCGGAAGUGAACAAAAAGGUCAUGACGGAGCUGGAGCAAGCCGUUCAGCGGAUGUACAAGGAGGCCAAGACUCAUUCCAAGCAUAACAAGUCGGUCUCAGCUAUUACCUGCGAUAUGCGGAUCAAACACGACGCUCGACGAGGAAAGGUGAUUGAAUUUGUCACCACAACGCCCAUGUCCUGCUCGCUUGAGAGCGCCACGGAGAUCGUAUGGAAAGAGAUAUCCACGUACCGCGAAUACCCCGACAAAGUGUACAACUGCAUUCGCGGGGAGAAGCCCAACACACAAGAGAAGACCUUCGUCAUGAGUCUGAAAAGUCCGUCGGGUAUGCUGGAGCUGAAUGGUGUCCAGUACAUGGAGAAGUUUGAGGAGCUCGACCAGACAAUCUUUACUGCUGCGGAGAGCAUGGUGCUGCCUGCAAAGGGCCUACAGUAUCGCAACGAGUGCUGGAUGACAGUCACGCCUUCAGCGUCGGAAUCGAACGUUUCAAUCGUCGAGAUAUUUUUUCAGCUUUACAUGGAGCGGGACGACGGACUGAUAGCCAGUACGGAAGACCUCGCGUAUGCACAGAACAUCGUCAUGGGCAGCUUGAGCAACACAUUGCGCAAGUUCUUCCAAACACAGCAGAACGCGUUGAUGGAGAAGGCUGGUCGUAUUAUCGUUGCCCCGAUUGCCUCUACUAAAGCAAUUUUGUAGCAAGGUGUACUAAAGUAAAACAUAAUUAAGCUGUUGAUUCAAUGGCAUUCAUUAUUGAG